CUUAAACAUGUCAGUACCCGAAGGUUGUCCCAUGCAUCAAGAACAAAAGAAGCCAGAAAGCGGCUGCCCAGUCAAUCACCAAAAGGAAAAGCCACAGAAACCAAUGCCUCAGCCCUCACAAAUACCCUCUGGCUGUCCCAUGCAUAAUUCUGCUCAAGUAAAUCAAGACAACAUGAUGCCUCAGCUCACACAGACCAAACAACCUGAUCAAACGAUCGAUCUCCCUACCGAACGAGUGAUUUCAUCCAUUCCGAAAUCUAAAGACAGUGAGGCCAAGUGGGAGUACCCCAGUCCUCAACAGUUUUAUAACGCUCUUCGUCGAAAGGGCUGGGAGACCCCUGAGGAUGAGAUUGAGACAAUGGUGGAUAUUCAUAACUUUUUAAAUGAGGAAGCAUGGCAAGAGGUUUUAAAGUGGGAAAAGAAAUACAAAUGUGAUUGUACAGAGGAUCCAUACUUGUCAAAAUUCCAGGGUCGACCUAAAGAACUGACGCCCAAGGCUAGAUGGCACUCACUUUUGGGUGCACCAAAACCAUUUGAUAGACAUGACUGGUAUGUCAGUCGCUGCGGACAGACAAGAAGGUAUGUGAUUGAUUAUUACGAAGCGCCUGAAGAUGUACCUGGUGUACCUGUCUUUCACCUUGACAUUCGACCUGCUCUUGAUGAUGUAGACAGUAUCAUGGUCAGAUUUAAAGAAGCAGCCAAGGCAAAGUGGGAACAAUGGUUCUCCAGCUAAAGACUUGUAGAUU